GGGCCCAGGAGCUUGAGUCGGCCGUGACGCGUAGUCGGUGUGGAUUGCAGGCUGCAGCGGGCUGCGUGUGGGCCUGGCGGCCAUGGCGGCGGCAGCAGCGGCAGAAGCAGAGGCGGCCGGGGCUGCGCCCGACUACGAGGCGGCGGAGCUGUACACUCGUGCGUUCCGCGUGGGCGCGCUCGGCCGCUGCUGGAUGCAGCACUUGGGGCCGCCCGACCUCUCUCUGGCGGCAGAGGCGGCGGCCGAUGAGGAUGCGGCCAUUGUGGCGGAGCUGGGCUGCGAGGUGGAGAUGGUGCCCGAGCUGCAGGAAGUGUGCAGCAUUGAUAUGUUAAUGUCUUCUGAUAAAGAAGAGGACCCAGAUGUUAUUCCUGAAGAUAACAGUCUGCUAACUCUACGAAUUAGAAAAGAGGCAUUAGAGAGGAGAGAAGAAACAAUUAUUGUGGAUCGGGCUUGCAGACAAGAAACUCUUGCCUACGAGAUGGAAUCACAUGCAAGUGGAAAGAGGCCAGACAGUCCUACAGAUCUAGUUGAGGAGGGAGAGCUACUUUUAACUCUAAACAUAUUCUACCCUGUCAUAUUUCAGAAGCAUAAAGAUUACAAACCCUAUCAGACAGUCCUUGUACUGGGCAGCCAGAAGCUCACUGAGCUGAGAGACUCAAUUUCCUGCGUCAGCGACUUCCAGAUAGGUGGUGAGUUCAGCUGUCAGCCAGAUCAAGCACCAGAACAUGUAAGCAAGGAUCUUUACAAAUCUGCCUUCUUCUAUUUUGAAGGUAUCUUUUAUAAUGAUAAAAGAUACCCAGAAUGCAGAGAUCUCAGCAGAACUGUUAUUGAGUGGUCAGAAUCUCAUGACAGAGGCUAUGUAAAUCUUCAGUCCGAUGAUAUGGAGGACUACACAUUUAAUGAUUUGUCCCUCAAAAUUGGCUUCCCAUACCUUUUCUGCCACCAAGGGGACUGUGAGCACAUCAUUAUCAUCACGGACAUAAGGCUCAUUCAUUAUGAUGACUGCCUGGACAGGAACCUCUAUCCCUUGCUAAUCAAGAAACACUGGCUAUGUACCAGAAAAUGCUUUGUGUGCAAAAUGUAUACAGCCAGAUGGGUAACCAACAAUGACAGUCUGGCACCAGAGGAUCCUUGUUUCUUCUGUGAUGUUUGUUUUCAGAUGCUCCAUUAUGAUCUGGAAGGCAAUAAACUGGGGGAAUUUCUUGCAUAUCCUUACGUCGAUCCUGGAAUUUUCAACUGAAACCGACGUGAGACAGAAUGAAUUUAGUGAAGUGCAUUGGUGAAACUGUUGCUCUGGUUUUUAAAACCAUCACACAGCUUGAGUUUUGGGUGUCCUGUUGGGGUUUAGAUUAGGCUUUUAUCCUCUCCCCUGAGGUGGAAAGAGCCCUUUGCACAUGAAGUCUCUCUGGUGUCCUUUUCUCAGUAAGCAAGUAUGAUUUUAAAAAAUGAGUAAUUAUGGAAAAAUAUGCUCAAAUAUCUGUUUUUAUCAGCUACGUUUUUCUAAUACAUUUGGGCUAGAAGAUGGUAGUUUGGAGACUACGGACUUUAAAAAUACGGGUUUCAAGAGAGAAUACCUUAAAAAGCAGCUGUGACUUGAAAAGUUUUGUGCAUCCAAGGCCUUGUUAAUACCAGAAGAUGAAAACACGGUCUUUGGGCAUCUCACCUUGAAAACUCUGGCAGUUGUCAUCUCUGAAGAAGGGUGGGGAGCACUGCAUUUGUGGGGAUACAUUCUGAGAGGGAAGCUCAAGGUGCUUGUUAACUUCUAAAGUCUUUUCCUGCAAGCAGAGGUGCUUGCAUCUGUGAGCUGCUGCUGUCCUUGCUGACUGAGGGCUGAUUCUGUGAUAAGUAAGCUACAUUUCACUGAUGACUGAAUUGUGGCCUGUCUUCCAGAUUACUUUGACUCUUUACUGUGUAUGAAGUUUUAACUGUUCAUACUGUUCAUUGUGCACUGCUUUUUUAGUAUCAUCCUGUGACUGUAAGUGUUGUUGCUUUUUUUAAAUAUGACCAAUUUGUAGUUGCUAGUCUGUUGUUAAGUUGAAAUUCUGCUUGCCAAGACAGAAUGUAUCCAGUGCCUUGCUUCGUAAAGUCUGGAAUUCAGUUAAUGUUAGUGGAGAUCUUUGCUGUUUAGGCAAGCUAGUAGUGCUACUGCUUUUCUUUUGAAAGCUUCAGCUAGUUCUCAAAAAACUCUAGUUCCAGUUGGAGUAAAAGAAAAACAGCCAACUCAUAACCUGCAUACAGAAGUGUAUUUGGCACAUUGAAUUCUAUUGAGGUCCUGUGGCAGUAGAUCCUGCAAGUGCUUACUGAUUACCUUAAAUGUCUUGAAACAGAAGUGUCUUGUGAAUAUUAAUCUGUGGGGGGUUUAAGACGAAAGUGGUUUUUUUUGUCACCUAAGUCAGGCAGCUGUUGGCCUCUGUACCCUGAAGACAGAGCAGUGAACUCUUCAGCACCAGCACUUGUCACAGCACGUGCUGAGCGGGUACUUACCCCUCAGGAACCUGCAGAACUGUCACCAGUUAGACUGCUGGGGCUGUGUUGCUUUAUGGUGCUGUAGCAGCAGUUGCAGUACACUGGUUGCAACUUCAGUGAGUUGCUACCCUUCAUCCUGCCCCAGCCUUCUUUUUCGGCUGUCUCCUGAUAACAUAUGGGCUUCCGACUUCUCUUUAGUAUUGGAACCAAAAUAAUGGAGACAGCUCACAUAAUUUCUACAGGUACUGUUUGCUUGUUGGAUGACUUAUGCUGAGUUCUGAGGCAGCAAUCAGUAAGGAUUUUUGUGUGGAUUUUUUUCUUUAGCUGCAUGGAGAAAAGAGUUGUCAAAAUGUGAUUUUAUUCUUUCAUUAAGCUAAUUCUGCCUUGGUGUGCUGUCCUUCACUCAAACCAUUCACCUUCUUUCCAGUAAAAAGUUAUGGUCAAAUGUAUUUCAAGAUUCCUGUCCCUGCAGAUGAAGAGAUUUCACUAGGGUCAGCCCUGUACUUACAGUAAGUCUGGGUGCAGGAGUUGUGUGUGUAUAGUGCUUAACUACAAACAGAGAAGGACUUGUAUGAGAAGCUGCUAUUUGUGUGAUCAGGUCCUAUUUCAUACCAAAGGACUCAAAUGGCAAGCAGAACAAAAAGGUUACACUAAAUCAUAGUUUAAAAAAAUGCUUCCCAGGAGCUAUUGCAGGACAGACGAAUCUGGUCUUGAUUUAAUGUGUCUUUCAGAAUGAGUCCUGUGAAUGAAAUCCAGCGUUGCACCCAGCUGCCCAUUUGCAGUUCAAUUUCUAUAACAGCAGCUGGAUAUCUGUCUUUUGGCUGCUUGUUAAAUGUGGUUAGUGUGGUUAGUGGCUGAUCAGAACUUACAAGCAGGCUUAUUAAUAACUUAAUGGUGAAAAAUGAGAAAAUAUAUUUUUUAAUAAUACCUUCUCUCUGUGUUUGAUAUUUACAUCUUUUUAAGCAAGACU